GCCGCAGGGUCGGCGCGGGACCGUGGAGGCCGGCGGGCGCCGCGCGGGUCACCAGCAGACAUGAUGAGCACCAAGGCCUUCACGCUGGUCUCUGCCGUGGAGUGGGAGCUGCUGGCAGGUGACAAGGAGCGGGUGCACAUAGAAUGCGUGGAGUGCUGCGGGAAGAACCUUUACGUGGGCACCAGUGACUGCAUAGUCUACCACUUCCUAUUGGAGGAGCGGGUGCUGCCCACCGGGACAGCCACCUUCUCUGCCACCAAGCAGCUGCACCGACACCUGGGCUUCCGGAAGCCGGUGAAUGAGCUGCGAGCAGCCUCAGCCCUCAACAGGCUGCUGGUGCUCUGUGACAACUCCAUCACCCUGGUCAACAUGAUGAGCCUGGAGCCCGUGCCCUCGGGGGCGCGCAUCAAAGGGGCCACGGCGCUGGCCUUGAACGAGAACCCCGUGAAUGGGGACCCAUUCUGCGUGGAAGUCUGCAUCAUCUCGGUCAAGCGCAGGACCAUCCAGCUGUUCCUGGUGUACGAGGACCGGGUUCAAAUCGUCAGGGAGGUGUCCACGCCGGAACAGCCCCUGGCCGUGGCCGUGGACGGCCACUUCCUGUGCCUGGCUCUGACCACACAGUACAUCAUACUGAACUACAGCACAGGCUUCUCCCAGGACCUGUUUCCUUACUGCAGCGAGGAGAAGCGCCCCAUCGUCAAGAGGAUCGGGAGACAGGAGUUCCUCCUGGCAGGUCCCGGAGGACUGGGCAUGUUCGCCACAGUUGCUGGUAUAUCUCAGCGGGCCCCUGUGCGCUGGUCAGAGAACGUGAUCGGCGCAGCCAUUUGCUUCCCGUAUGUCAUAGCACUUGAUGAUGAAUUCAUCACGGUGCACAGCAUGUUGGACCAGCAGCAGAAGCAGACCCUGCCCUUUAAGGAAGGCCAUAUUCUACAGGAUUUUGAAGGAAGAGUGAUUGUCGCCACCAGUAAAGGAGUUUACAUCUUGGUUCCAUUACCCCUGGAAAAGCAAAUACAGGAUCUUCUAGCAAGUCAUAGAGUGGAAGAGGCUUUGGUUUUAGCAAAAGGAGCCCGGAGGAACAUUCCAAAAGAAAAAUUUCAGGUAAUGUACAGAAGGAUCCUGCAGCAGGCCGGGUUUAUACAGUUUGCACAACUUCAGUUCCUGGAAGCUAAAGAGCUCUUCAGAAGCGGCCAGCUUGAUGUCCGGGAGCUGAUCUCUCUCUACCCCUUCCUGUUGCCCACCUCCUCCUCAUUCACACGGUCCCACCCUCCUCUCCACGAGUACGCAGACCUGCACCAGCUGACCCAGGGGGACCAGGAGAAGAUGGCCAAGUGUAAGCGCUUCCUCAUGAGCUACCUGAACGAAGUCCGCAGCACAGAGGUCGCCAAUGGCUACAAAGAGGACAUCGACACGGCCCUGCUCAAGCUGUACGCGGAGGCUGACCACGACAGCCUGCUGGACCUCCUGGUCACCGAGAACUCCUGUCUCCUCACCGACAGCGCUGCCUGGCUGGAGAAGCACAACAAGUAUUUUGCACUUGGACUACUCUAUCAUUAUAAUAACCAAGAUGCUGCUGCUGUUCAGCUCUGGGUGAACAUCGUGAAUGGGGACAUUCAUGACUCCACUCGCUCGGACCUGUACGAAUAUGUCGUCGACUUCCUUACCUAUAGCUUAGACCAGGAACUCGUGUGGAAGUAUGCUGAUUGGGUCCUGCAGAAAAGCGAAGAGGUUGGAGUUCAGGUUUUCACCAAGAGACCUUUGGAUGAGCAGCAGAACAGUUUCAAUCCGGACAGAGUACUCACUUGCCUUAAGAAGUACCCUACAGCCCUUGCCAGAUACCUGGAACAUCUGGUCAUAGACAGGAGGCUGCAGAAGGAAGAGUACCACACGCAGCUGGCCCUCCUCUACCUGGACAAGGUGCUGCAGCAGAGGUCCGGCACUGGCAGCGAGGCCGCAGAAGCCACAGACACACAGCUGAAGCUCCAGCAUCUGCUCCAGAAGUCUGAUUUGUACCGAGUGCACCUGCUGAUAGAUAGAACCCGGGGUGCCGGGCUUCCCAUGGAGAGCGCCAUCCUGCACGGGAAGCUGGAGGAGCACGAGGAGGCCCUGCGCAUCCUGGUGCACGAGCUGCGGGACUUCGCAGCGGCCGAGGACUACUGCCUGUGGCGCUCUGAGGGCAGGGACCCGCCAUACCGGCAGCGGCUCUUCCACACGCUGCUGGCCAUGUACCUCCAGCCUGGCCCUGCCGCGCCUGAGCUGGCCGUGGCCGCCACGGACCUCCUGAACCACCACGCGGCUGAUUUCGACGCCGCCCGGGUCCUACCGCUGUUGCCAGGCAGCUGGUCGGUGCAGCUGCUGCGCCCAUUCCUAACCGGGGCCGUCCGGAAUAGCGUGCAUGCCCGCAGGACCACUCAGGUGGCUCUGGGCCUGGCCAAGUCCGAAAACCUGAUCUACAAGUACGAUAAGAUGAAGUUGAAAGGAAGCUCAGUUCAGCUCUCGGACAAAAAGCUCUGCCAGAUGUGCCAAAAUCCCUUCUGUGAGCCUGUGUUUGUUAGAUACCCAAACGGUGGGCUCGUCCACACCCACUGUGCCGCCAGCAGACACACGAACCCCAGUUCCCCCGGCCCUGGUGCUCGGACUUGAAGAGGCCCACCGGAGGGCGCAAGGAGGACCCUGAGCUCUUUACCGAGCCUGCUGGGUGCAGAGAGCGGAAAGCCGCUGCACUGGUGUCAGCCAGGGAGUGACAUCUGGGCGCUGGGAGACUGCAGUCAAUGUGAAACAGGGGCUUUUCGCUGCUGACCACUCCACCCUGAAUGUUCGCAGGAGAUCCUGAAACAGAGACACAUCAGGGUUCGCCCGUCCCGGGACACAGUAAUCCCAAACAAAUGUCUACUUUGAGAGAAAAAUGAGCCUUCCCCAUGCCGUCCAGACAAGCUGGACGCCCCUGCCCCCGCCCCUGCGCCUCGGUCUUCAAAAAUGCAUUUGCACUGGAAAUGUCUGCUUCAGGGUGGCCCAGACAUGUAGCUGUCCCCGGGCAGGGUGAGGAGCACGGCCUUAGGGGGCGCGGGGGGUUGGGGGCUGUUUCCAGGAUUACCUCGUGGGCUCUGCCUUUGCCCUUAGAAACGGCUGACCUUGGGGGAGUCUUUGUUCUUGCCUACUUCCCAUGGCUCUCAACCCCUAAAGGAUUCUGCCUUGUUUACCCAAACAACCCCUCUCGGGGAAGUAGAGGACUCAUCGGAAAGUGCUAAAGCCCAGGUGACAAGCUGCCGCCCCCACCACCUGAAAGAGGACAGCAGACAGGAGGGAGGCCUGCGGCACUUUCCUGUCCUGUCACGCUACCUGCUGAUUUUGAAACUCCAUGAUGGCCAUGUUUGACUAAAAACUGUUAUUUGAAGUUCUGUCAUCUCUGCAGUUUUUCUCUUCUUUGGAAACUUAUCUGUUGUAUCCGUUAGGGACAUUUUUUUUUUUCCUGUUAAAAUGUACCUCCUACUGACCGCUCGGGAAAUGAAAAGGGAAACGUUAUGAGCACAAGCCACGUGGAGUUUCACGAGAGGCCGGUUUGAACCUCACACCCUCAGCGGGGCAGGCAAUGGGUGGCAACUGCCCUUGCCUGUGACCGAGAUGUCAUCUUUCCCGCCGGGCGCUUCUGCACACCCCGAUGAGGAAGUCCAGUCAGGCUGCCUUACCUCCCAGCACUUUACACGCCUGCUCUGAGGUUUCCUGAACCCACGGGAGGGGUCCCUCUUGUUCACCACAGACUGGGGGACUCACUGUGUUUCUGCCAGACAUCGCGGAGAAGCCGAAGUUGUCCUUACUUCACUGCCCUCUUUUGAAUUUCUUCACUGGGAUGAAUGAUUCUGUCCGGAACUCACACAAGACACUGUACCCCCUGCCACAAUGCCGGGAAAGCAAGCAUUAGCUUGUGUGUGUCACAAGGGGAGGACCCUGGGAUACAGCCCCUCGCCGUCACCCCGAGCCUGACAGAGCAGGGGCCAAAGAAUUCAUGGUCCGUUCUCGAAACAGUGUUCUCCUGUACUAAUCAUGGUCAGUCAUCUUCUUCCUUCAGCGAUUCUAAGUGGCACAAGAAAGCAAUAGCGCGCCUGCGUUCUUCCCUAGCUGCGUCUCCAGCUAAAGAAUCAACGAUGAAGAAGUUCUCCUUGUGACUCAGCCACAUACGAUGUCGACGGGGGCUAAGUAGAAGCCCAGUUGUGAAUCGACGCUGUGGAUGACUGCUACGGAAUGGCCUUGUCACCGCGCACGCUACCAUGACGACUCGCGAGGUGGCGUUUUCUGCCUCAGAGAGCAGGUCCCUAGCACGUGCCGUAGCCCACCGCUGAAAGCACUGUUUCACUGGACACAAAGUGGGUACAAUCUGGAGAGCGCCUUGUGAUUGCUCAUUCCUAAAUUGGGGACACUAGUCUCCGCUCUCUCUCUGAACAUGGGUCAGUGUUUUGAAACGUUUGUCAUCCUUUAGAAUGACGGGGAUUAAAGUCAAGUCAUCUCCUAUGUUCAGAACCGUACCUUGCUCUCCUCUUUGUCUGACGCCCACGGGCCCUUUUCACAAAUCAGAUUUUUAAAAUAAAUACAUGGUUCUUUCUAAAGGCCUGCUGUUUUGUGACUGUGGCGUUGACUAGAACAAUUAGAACGUUGCUCAACCCUUUCCUCCCCUCAUUAGGUUCUGUGUAACCACUCUAAUUAAAACAGCAUGAACUGAACCCAGUUGGCAUUCAUAUUCUAUGGGCAAUAAAUACUGUUGAAUUUGAGGAACUGUUUCUCUGCCGUUGCCUGUCAGGUGUUGACGUGGCCGUGCCCCUGAGGGCGUGGUGCAAUGGGCCUGAGAGCCGAAGAGUUCAUGCUCUGAGCUUGGUGAAUGUGCUUGCUGAGGUCAGGAGUCCAGAGCAGCUCAGGUGGCCAUGGGGUCACGCCGUCAAACCGAGGCCCGUCACACAGCUACGAUAGCCCUUGCGUUUUGCUUGCUUUCCCCCUCUGGAAACCUUUGUCCUUGCAACUUUACCCUUCACCCCUGGUCAGGUCCCAAAUACACAAGAUGUACAAAUGUAAACUUGUUAAUUUUAUUAAAAUUCUUUUAAGUCUU